AUGAAAUCCCUAGUGGUUUUGUCAGCGGUGUUGUCCACGGCACAGCCUUGGUGGUUUGGUAACUUCUGGAUUCGAUAUCCUUUCCUUCAGCAAGCAUCACUUGAAGCUAGAGCGGCGUUCAACGCCAUUGACAAGAAUGGAACUCUGACUAGAGCACAACGUGAAGAAGCUUUGGACAGAUGGGCAGCGCAGUACAACUUAGUAGUGAGUAUUGAUACUUUCCAUUUUCAUUCUCAAGGAAUUUUGCUCAAUCACUAA